AAACCUUCCGUUGGAACAAUCUUUUGGCCAAUUCUUAAAUUAUGAGAAUUAUUCUACAAUUUCUUAAACAUUAUUAGCCUGACAUUUCCUCUCCCUAUAAAUACCGCUCUCUUUUCCCUCUUCUUUCAAAUCCAAAACACAAUCCUUCUCACUCAGCUACUCCCUCUCUCUGUAAAUCCUUCUCAACAUCACACUUAUUGUUAACAAAUAAAAAAACUCAUUCAAUGGCUACUUUCGGCACUGCUGCUACUGCUACCAGUCAAAACCCUAACAAAUCCUUCGAGGUGGCUCAGCCUCCCAGUGAUUCUGUUUCGAGCCUUAGUUUCAGUCCCAAGGCCAAUUUCUUGGUUGCGACUUCAUGGGAUAAUCAGGUACGUUGUUGGGAAAUUUCACGCAAUGGAGCUAAUGUGGGUAGUGUUCCCAAGGCAUCAAUUUCGCACGACCAACCAGUUUUGUGCUCAACAUGGAAGGAUGAUGGAACUACAGUCUUUUCUGGAGGAUGUGACAAGCAGGUGAAGAUGUGGCCUCUGCUGUCUGGUGGUCAGCCAGUGACUGUGGCCAUGCAUGAUGCACCAAUUAAAGAGGUUGCCUGGGUUCCAGAGAUGAAUCUACUUGUCACUGGAAGCUGGGACAAGACUGUGAAGUACUGGGACACAAGGCAGUCAAAUCCUGUGCACACUCAACAGCUACCUGAUCGCUGUUAUGCACUCACAGUGAGGCAUCCUCUGAUGGUUGUUGGCACUGCAGAUAGAAAUCUAGUUGUCUUUAACUUGCAGAACCCACAGACUGAAUUUAAAAGAAUUCCUUCACCCUUGAAGUGUCAGACAAGAUGUGUAGCUGCCUUUCCUGAUCAGCAAGGGUUUUUGGUUGGUUCAAUAGAGGGAAGGGUUGGUGUACAUCAUCUAGAUGAUUCACAGCAAAGUAAGAAUUUCACAUUCAAAUGCCACAGAGAUGGCAAUGAUAUAUACUCGGUCAAUUCUUUGAACUUCCAUCCUAUACAUCACACUUUUGCAACUUCUGGGUCUGACGGUGCAUUCAAUUUCUGGGACAAGGACAGUAAGCAGAGGCUCAAGGCUAUGUCAAGGUGUGGGCAGCCUAUUCCUUGCAGUACAUUCAACAAUGACGGCUCAAUAUUUGCAUACUCAGUUUGUUAUGACUGGAGUAAGGGUGCAGAAAAUCACAACCCAGCAACAGCGAAAACAUAUGUCUAUCUGCACUUGCCACAGGAGAAUGAGGUAAAAGGCAAGCCACGAGUUGGAACAAGUGGAAGAAAAUGAAGCACUUUAUAAUUGGGAGCAUAAAGUGGAAGCCUAGAGAAAAACUAUUUCUCAUCUGUUAUUUUAUGGUUUAUAUCAUGGGUAUCUUUUUUCCUUGCCGUCCAAGAAUCCGAAUCCCUCUUGUUCUUUUUGUCGGUAAUAGGAGUUACGUUUUCUUGAAGGGUGUCACUGUUUUUGCUAAGAUGAAAUGACUUUGGUUAGUGAUACUCGUAAUAGUUUGAAUUCAUUGUCUUUGUUGAUUAUGUCAUUUGAUUGAUCUGCUAUUCUUGACACGAUUAGAUCGAUGUAGUGUCUUGCUUCCGUUUAAUGUGUAAUUCUUUGUUGGUAA